AUGUCUGUUCGUACUAAAUUGACUCAAUUCACCUCUUGUGAUAUUUCCGAUGCAUUAGUUAAUUUUGGCAUCAAAAAUGGCGGUUUCAUUCCGAACCUCGUACAAAGAUCCCUAGAUGAAAGAGGUCAAAACAACGGACAUGUUUCUGUGGUUGGCCUUGCCUAUACUGUUUUGUAUGCUCCGAAGUCGGAUCCGAGACCUGCUGUUUCCCAGUCAUAUAUCGACGAAAUCCCUAAAGACGCCGUGCUUGUGCUUGCACUCACUGAGGACCAGCAGCUCGAGACAUCGCCUUAUGUCACCAUCAACAAUGCCUUGUAUGGAGGUCUCUUGUCUACCAGAGCUCAGUAUAGGGAAGCUGCAGGGUCGGUGAUUCUUGGACGCAUCAGAGAUUUGGCAGAGCACCGGAGUCUCGGGUAUGCUGUGUGGUCUUAUGGUGUGGGCACUACCGCUCCUGGUCCAGUGGUAAAAGUUGUGGGAAUCAAUGAGACAGUCACCGUGAAACUUGCUGGGAUGGAUCCGAACGAGCGAAUGGUCAUACAUCCUGGAGACUAUAUUGUGGCGGACGAAAACGGUGUGGUGAGGAUUCCGAUCGGUCACACAAGUGGACCAGAAGCUGGAAUCAGUCUAAAUCAAGUAUUGGAUUAUAUUCCCAGAAGAGUAGAUGCCGAUACACAUGUGGGACAAGAUAUCAAAAAUGGUCGUGGAGCAGCGGAGGCUCAGAAAUUCUGGAGAGGAAAAAUAUGA